AUGGCUGACAGGAGAAACAGCAUUUUGGUUACCUUCUUUUGUUUUAUUUCGUUUAUAUAUAUUUGUGAGUGUCAAAAUGAUAGUUUUACCAUAGACUAUAAUGGCAACACUUUUAUUCUGGAUGGUAAGCCAUUCCGGGCCAUCUCUGGUAGUAUGCACUACAGCAGGACUCACCCAUACUACUGGAAAGAUAGACUGAUGAAAAUGGUGGCUGCUGGAUUGAACACUGUACAGACAUAUGUACCCUGGAACAUCCAUGAACCAACACAAGGGAAAUACGAUUUUACUGGUCUAGCUAAUCUAGAAUUAUUCUUACAAACAGCUCAAGAUGUUGGUUUAAAAGUUUUAAUGAGAUCAGGUCCCUAUAUCUGUGGAGAAUGGGAAUACGGAGGACUACCAGCUUGGUUAUUAACCAUUAAUCCCAAUAUGGUGGUCAGAACUAUGGAUCCAGAUUAUAUAAAAGCUGUAGAUGGUUGGUAUGAUGUCUUGUUACCAAUCUUAAAGAAAUAUCUUCAUAUUAAUGGUGGUCCUAUAUUAAUGGUACAGAUUGAGAAUGAAUAUGGUAGUUAUUUUGCAUGUGAUUACGACUAUUUAAGAUUUCUGUAUCAGAAAGCUCGUACUGGAUUGGGCGAGAAGGCCAUUAUUUAUACCACAGACGGAGAUGGGGAUGCAUAUGUUAAGUGUGGUACUGUUGAAGGUUGCUAUGUUACUAUUGACUUCGGACCAACCAGUAAUCCAGCCAGUAAUUUUCAAGUUCAGAGACAUUUUGAACCUAAAGGUCCAUUGGUGAACUCUGAAUUCUAUACAGGCUGGUUAGAUCAUUGGGGUAAUCCUCAUGCUCAUACUGCUAUAGACACUGUAUGUAACAGUUUAGAUAAAAUACUAGCACUAGGGGCCAGCGUCAAUAUGUAUAUGUUUGAAGGUGGAACAAAUUUUGGAUACUGGAAUGGAGCCAAUGCCCCUCCCUACCAACCUGUACCAACCAGUUACGAUUAUGACUCCCCCUUAAAUGAAACAGGGGACAUAACUGAUAAAUACAUUGCUAUUCGGCAAACUAUAUCCAAGUACCAAAAGCUACCAGAGAUGCCAAUUCCACCAAAUACACCAAAAGGCAAUUACGGAGAUACAGAUAUGAAUUUUGUAGCUACAGUACAAGAUGCUCUGUCAGUUCUUAGUCCCAAUCAACCAGUCUCAUCAACCUAUCCAUUGACAAUGGAGCAGAUCAAAUUUUAUUAUGGUUUUAUUUUAUAUCGUACCAAAUUACCAACUGAUAUUACUACACCAACCCCAUUAAUAACUGGUGGUGUGAGAGAUAGAGGCUACGUAACAAUAGACCAGGUGCCACAGGGUAUAUUUAUUCGAGAUGAUACAACACAGGUCAAUAUUACAGGUAAACAGGGCCAAUAUCUAGAUAUACUGGUAGAAAAUACAGGCAGAAUUGGUUUCGCUACAUUAAUGAACUACAACACUAAGGGUAUAAUAGCUAAUGUAACAUUAAAUGGUAAAAUAUUAACAGACUGGACGAUCUAUCCUAUAUCUUUAGAAAAUAUCAAUGGUACCACCAUAUUUCAGCACAACAUUAAGAGUACUGGACCUAAAAAGAAUAAGGGUUUACAAACACCGUCCAUUUUUAUUGGUAAAAUUCCAAUCCCAGCGUCCAGUGAUGAACCUAAAGAUACCUUCUUAGAUCCUACCAACUGGACCAAGGGUCAAGCCUUAGUGAAUGGUUUCAAUCUAGGUAGAUACUGGCCGGUGAUGGGACCACAAGUAACGCUCUAUGUACCCAAACCAGUGUUGAAGGAGCCGUCCAAACUGAAUUAUUUAGUGGUGUUGGAGUUGGAGAAUACAACUUGCACUAGUUCUAGUGUUUGUAAAAUAUCAUUCACUGAUAUACCAGUUAUAAAUAAAAUACCACCUGGCUUUCAUUCUAAUAUUAGAAACAUCCCAGAGGGUUAUCCUUAUCAUAAACGUGUUUAA